CCCCGCCCGCUCGUAGGCUGGAACCCGGGUCAGUUUGGGCACCUUCCUCCAGUCAGUGACCAACUCCUGGGCACAGAGAGGACUCUGCUCGUCCCCUCGGUUCUCUUCUAGCCUCCCUACCGUUACGGGAGUGAGCCCCACCGUUGGUAGGCUGAGGAGGAGAAGAGAAAGGAAGAUUAACCAGACAGAGAAAAAAAGACCUGGCUGGGUCUGGGUGGUUUCUGCUGUGCCAGAAAGGGAGGUGGUGGCGGCGGCGGCGACCACGGCCGCGCGGGACGUGAGGCCCGAGAGCAGCCGGCGGCGGCGGCCGCUCCAGCAGCGCCUCGCGCCGGGGCCGUUAGUCAGCAGAACGCAAGCUCGAGCCGAAGAGCAGGGCGAGGUGAGAGUCCGGAGCGCGAGCCGGGCCCCCGCGGGCGCCGCCGUCCUUACUCGCCUAGGCGCCGGGGGCUGCAGCUCUCGUCCGCCUCCUCCGCCGGGCUUGUCCGCAGUCCGCAGGCGGGGGCCGUCCGGCGGCAGCGUGGAUCUUGCCCUCGCGAGGACAGCGUGUCAGCAGCGCUUGUGCCCCGGCCCCUUCUGCCCGGCGCCUCGGCUCCGGCCCCUCUGGUGCAGAAGAUGAAUAACCUUUCCUUUAGUGAGCUGUGUUGCCUCUUCUGCUGUCCACCAUGUCCUGGAAAAAUUGCUUCAAAAUUAGCAUUUUUGCCACCUGAUCCAACUUACACACUAAUGUGUGAUGAAAGUGGAAGCCGCUGGACUUUACAUCUAUCAGAACGAGCAGACUGGCAGUACUCUUCUAGAGAAAAAGAUGCCAUUGAAUGUUUCAUGACUCGAACCAGUAAAGGCAACAGAAUUGCCUGUAUGUUUGUGCGUUGCUCACCCAGUGCUAAAUACACUUUACUGUUCUCACAUGGAAAUGCUGUUGAUCUUGGUCAGAUGAGCAGCUUUUACAUAGGACUGGGAUCACGGAUCAAUUGUAAUAUAUUCUCAUAUGAUUAUUCUGGAUAUGGUGCAAGUUCUGGGAAGCCGACAGAGAAGAACCUCUAUGCAGAUAUUGAAGCUGCUUGGCUUGCGCUCAGGACAAGAUAUGGCAUUCGUCCUGAAAAUGUGAUUAUAUAUGGCCAGAGUAUAGGGACAGUACCAUCUGUGGAUCUUGCUGCUCGGUACGAGAGUGCUGCUGUUAUUCUUCAUUCUCCUUUGACCUCGGGAAUGCGAGUCGCUUUUCCUGAUACUAAGAAGACCUACUGUUUUGAUGCAUUCCCAAACAUUGACAAAAUCUCUAAGAUAACCUCUCCAGUAUUAAUAAUUCAUGGGACUGAAGAUGAAGUCAUUGACUUUUCACAUGGCCUUGCAUUGUUUGAGCGUUGCCAAAGACCUGUGGAGCCUCUGUGGGUUGAAGGAGCUGGUCAUAAUGAUGUGGAACUUUAUGGACAAUAUCUUGAAAGAUUAAAACAGUUUGUGUCACAGGAACUGGUAAAUUUGUAAAAUAUUCUGUAAAUCGUAUACUGGGUUUUCUUUCCUUACUGAACUGCACUCCUUGGUAAAUACAUUAAAACCUGAAGGUUUUGUUUACAAAUCAUGUCAGUUGCCUUCAUAAAUGUACAGGUAAUGAUUUGUUAACAGACUUAAUGAAGGUUUUAAUUACCAGAGCUAGAAACUGGAAAUAACAGUAUCAUGCAGUCAGGCUGUGUAAUUUAUAUUUUUUCUGUGAAUUUUUUUUUUAACAUCAAAAUGAGUACUGUAUGAAAUUUUAAUUCUAUAAAAUCAAAUGCUGUAAAAGUAUUGCCAAAUGCUUUUGCAUAUCAGAAACAAAUUUAUAAAUAUUUUUUAAAACAUCUCAGUGUACUAAAUCUUAUCCUGGUAUACAAAUGUAGUAUCAUUCUUUUAAAAACUAAAACUGUAUAUCUAAAACAAUUCAAGUACUCAAAAUAGAAUAAACUGUAAAAAAACAAUAUGGAAACACAAGUUCAUUCGAGUUUAUACCUCAACCCUGUUGUACAGGGAUAGAGGUUUGAAUGGUUAUUUUAUUGUAAAAUACAUUGACUUUUCUGUAUUCUCUGGUUAUCAUACAUUUUCUCCUUUAAAAAAAAAAAAUGAUGUUUUAAGUCUUAAUUUUU